AUGAAGGUUGAGGGUGGGGAGGGGAGAUAUGCAGUGUUGUUGGCAGCAAAGGACUCAGAAUAUGUAGAGAAGGUGUAUGGUGGUUACUUCAAUGUGUUUGUAGAGGCAUUUGGAGAGGAAGGAGAGAGUUGGGACUUGUUUAGAGUGAUUGAAGGACAGUUCCCUGAGUUUGAUGAGAUUCAGAAUUACAGUGGUUUUGUGGUGAGUGGUAGCCCUUUUGAUGCUUUUGGUAAUGAGCACUGGAUAUUGACACUUUGCUCCCUCUUGACAACUUUGAAUUCCAUGAAAAAGAAAGUUCUUGGAAUUUGCUUUGGUCACCAGGUUUUGUGCAGAGCACUGGGUGGUAAGGUAGGGAGAGCCUGGAGUGGUUGGGAUAUUGGACUGAGGAAAGUGAAAUUGGUGAAGGGCAUAUCAUCCCCAUUUACUCUUCUCAAUGAUAUGCCUUCCCUUUCCAUUAUUGAGUGUCACCAAGAUGAGGUAUGGGAGGUUCCUUAUGGAGCUAAGGUGAUUGCAUUUUCAAACAAAACGAAUGUGGAGAUGUUUGCUAUUGGAAACCACAUAUUAGGCAUUCAAGGUCAUCCUGAGUACACCAAAGACAUCCUUUUUAAUCUCAUCGAUCGUCUUCUCAACAAUAACUCUGUAAAGAGUGACUUUGCAGAAGAUGCAAAAAUUGCAUUGGAGAGUGCAGAAGCAGAUAAUAAGUCAUGGCAAAAGAUUUGCAGCAGCUUUCUCAAGGGAAAAUAG